UAGCAGCAGGUCCGUAAACGCUCCACUUACUGCUGUCUACUCAUAUCAUCUGCGAGCGCCAACUACACGCCCCAAUAUUUCGCGUGCCUAUUCAAAUACAUUUAAAUUAAAAAAAAAAAUCUGAAUUUUUGUAAAACUACCAUUGCGAAGCCCUAACUGCAGGAGAAUCACUCUCUCCUUUACGUCUCUGAUAAAAACGAACCCUAAUUCGGUUUAAAGUUCCCAUUUAUCUUUAUACAUUCAUAAAUUCGACAAAUGCUACAUCCAAGACCUUGAUUUUCCCCAAAUUUCACACUCUGAUCGCCAUGUCCUCCAGCAAUCGCCGGGAGACUCCUCCGGCGACCGGAGACUUGAAGAACGGCGUCGUCUCCGAAGAUUCGAGCCAGAGGCAGUCGCAGCUGGUGACGGUGGUGGUAGCGCCGAGCCAAAACCAGAGGCUGCGGCUGAACCCCAACAAGGACCACAAGCCGGAGAGCUACGAGGAUCUGCAACUUGAUUUCAGUCCUUCUAUUUUUAGCUCUUUGGAGAGGUACUUGCCUCCAACUAUGCUUGGUGUGAAAAGAGAUGAAAAAGCGAAGUUCAUGAGAGAGAUUCUGUUGAAGUACUUGCCGCAUGGGGAGAGAACAAGAGUUCAGAGACAUAGAGAAUACAGGCAGAAGAUAAUAUCAAAUUACCAGCCUCUGCAUCGAGAGUUAUACACUAUGCACCCUACAACCUUCUUUGUCCCUUCAUUUCUCAAAGCGAUCAGUGAUAACACAGAGCAAAGUUUUAGAAAUAUAAUUUCAGAACCUUCUCCAGGCGUGUUCACUUUUGAGAUGCUUCAGCCGCGCUUCUGCGAGUUAUUGUUAGCUGAGGUUGAAAACUUUGAAAAGUGGGUUAAUGAAGCAAAAUUUCGAAUCAUGCGACCGAAUACAAUGAAUAAAUAUGGUGCUGUACUUGAUGAUUUUGGCCUUGAAACCAUGCUUGACAAACUUAUGGAGAGUUUUAUUCGUCCUCUAUCCAAAGUUUUCUUUGCUGAGGUUGGUGGAUCAACUUUGGAUUCUCAUCAUGGUUUUGUUGUUGAAUAUGGUAAAGAUAGGGAUGUUGAUUUAGGCUUUCAUGUGGAUGACUCAGAAGUAACUUUGAAUGUAUGCUUGGGUAAGCAAUUUUCUGGUGGAGAAUUGUUUUUCCGGGGAACGCGAUGUGAAAAACAUGUAAAUACAGGAAGUCAGUCAGAGGAGAUCUUUGACUACGCUCAUGUCCCUGGACGAGCUGUACUUCAUCGUGGUCGUCACCGCCAUGGUGCUAGAGCCACAACAUCUGGUCAUAGGAUCAAUCUACUCCUAUGGUGCAGAAGUUCGAUCUUUAGAGAGAUGAAGAGGUACCAAAAAGAUUUCUCUACCUGGUGUGGAGAAUGCUCCCGUGAGAAGAAAGAAAGGCAGCGGUUAUCAAUUGCUACUACCAGAUCGGUUGUAGAUUCCCAAUGGUCAAAAGCCACGAAGGGAGGAGAAAUAUGUUUACUUAAAUACAUAAAGCAUGCACGUCUCUCUUAUGAUGAGAACAAAUGGAUCGAUGAAAGGAGAAUUUCUCAUGCUGUCAAUGUAGUAUGGUUCUUAGUGAAGUCACUUUUGUAAUACAAGUGGAGAUUAAAUUAAUAAUAGCAGGUGGCCUGCAAUUAUUAAUUUGUUUGAAAUAUCAUAGUAAUAAUUUGCUUAAGACUGAGAAUUGCUGUUGAUAAAGCUGGAAAUUAUAUGCCAAUAGGAUGUUAUAUGAGUUCUAGGACAAAGAUAUGCUUAAAGAAAUCUGAUUGUGCAUUUUGGUGAAAAUGAAUGAGCUAAUUUCCUAUAUUCUACUGUGUGACGGUAGGUGAUGAAUGACGAUAAUAAGGUGUGGUAGAAACACAACUACUAAUGAGAAGUAUUAUUCUCUUCAACCAAAAUUAACAAUUGGUUGGAAAAGAGGGAAACUUUCCUCAUGUGUGGUUCCCCUAAAAUCUUCCUUGUUGAGAAAUGUGCUUUCCUGAAAUCAAUGCACUUCUCUAAUAAAUACUUGGAUACUUGGUGGACU